AUGUCAGGAGUGGAAUAUCAGAAACGAGAACUACGUAUAUCAAAAGUGGCAAAGAAAGCCAAAAUUGCCAAAAUACAACAGGCUAGAAAGAAAAGUGGAGGCGCCCAGCAGCCGAAGCUGAACAAGGACCAAGAGGAGAAGAUAAAUAAGUUCAAGUUCUCAACGAAAAAAGCCACAACAGGAGGAGCGUCCAGUGCUGAAAAAGAAGGCAAGAAAAGCUAUUCAGAAAAAGAAGAGUGGCAAGCCAAUGAAAAGCCUUAUGCAGUAAGAAUUGUACUUCAUCUUAGUCUCUGA